AUGGUUCACAGGAAUAGAAGCAUUCCAAAAAGGGAAAGUUCUAGCAAGCCAAAACAUUAUGACCUCUGUCAUAAAUGUGGCAAGCCAGGACACUUCAUCAAGGAUUUCCCUCUCCUAAAGCAAGAUCAGUAUAAAAAAAACUUUGACAAAGCAGCCAAGAGGAACUCGGUUCCUGAUAAAUGCCUCAAUAGAAAGAAUGCCAUUGACAAUGUUGUAAAACAAGCUCUUCCUGCAUGGGGAGACUCCUCCAGCAAAUCUGAAGAAGAUAAUGAUCAUGGUGACAGUUCAAUGAUGACAGUAGAAAGUGAAGCAACUGAGUAUGAUUCCAUUUUUGCCUUGGUGGCUCAGUCUGAUGAUGAUGUAGAUGACGACGACGAUGAUGAGGUAAAUUUUCUGGAUGUUCAGUGA